AUGGCGUCGAGGCCAGCGCGGCCAAAGCCCCUGGACUGGGCGGCCCCUACAAAUCUUGUGGUUUUUAUCCGUAAUCUCAAGCUGCUACAUUUGGACCAGCGCGAGGAUUGGCCCGACAUCACCCUCUGCGCGCUGUCCCCCUCGUCUCAGAACCAACGGCAACGGAUUCGCGUGAUAGAGUGGGCUCUCUACCAUCUUUUCAUGCUCUGGGAUCCAGAAUACACCCAAAAUAAACUCCGCCCGUUCUUCCCACCGCUAGAACCCCUACAAUCCGUCAACCUUCGCGCAGCCCUAUUCCGCUCCCUCGGCGAACUGAAGAAAAAUGGCGACCUCGGCCGCGAGACGAUUCUGCGAAAGACAAUGCUGGAUGACUGCAAAGGCGAGAAAUUCGACGAGCUGCUUGCCGUCUUCUCCACCACCGUCCUCCGUAAACUUGUGGCGGUGUCUGCGUCGGAUAUGCUAUGGAAUCCGGCUAUGAAUCUGGCCACCGCAACUGCAAUUACGCCGACGGACUACCAGAAUCUUCUUCCUCUUAUUCUUGCUCAUCAGGUUUCUCUCGGGGCAGCAAGAGCGCGUCAGGCAAAGGUGCACGAGACUUAUGAACAGUUCUCGCAGUUGCUGGAUGAUAAAAUGGUCGAACUUACGGAGCGCGCGACCAUUGAGCCCGGAAAGGACUCGAACAAUUCACAGGUUGACUCAGCCGGUCUGACACGAGAAGUUAAAGAAAAUUGGUUGGGCAGUGAGGAGUGGGCUGCAGCUUUGCUCGAUGGUGGAUCGCACAGCAGUACCGAUGCAUUCCUGGAGCUGCCUUUCUCGCAAGCCUGGGUGCGCGCGAAAAAGUCCAGCGUGAAUGGUCUCAGCGGAGGCGUGGAAUCUGACUUGGUGAUUGACCUAGAAGCUCGAAUUCUGCGGUUGCGGAGUCGACUGCGCAAGUGGCACGAAUACAAUGAUUCGCUUCGGAACCAGCGUGGUGUUGACGCCGCUGGAUCUGGCAUCAUGUCCGCAGAACCUCGUCUGCAGUUCCGGGAUCACCAGGCUAUGACAGUGGCCAGUAUAUCCAAAAUCGUGCGACAGCCUGGCGAUCGUGGACGAUCACUAAAGGAGGCAGAUCAAUCGUUUCUGUCUUCUGUUAACGAGGCCAUAUCACGCAUCAAUGGUAAAUCUGGUAUCCGCUCGGCUCAGCCAAGAGAGUCGAGGACAACGAGCCCGUCAACAGCCUUGCCGGAGGAGAUAGGCCAUCGCAGCAAUCCCCCGUCCACCCUGGAAAACGCAGAUGUCACUCAGCCACGCUCGACGAAUCUUGAUCCCCCAGAGAUCCAAACAAGUUUCCACGAGGAGAAUCAUCCCUCCUCGCCGCCUAUAGUCCGCCUUUCUCCAGACCAGAAUUCCACCGAAGACCUCGACCUAGAUCACGAAUCUAACCACGAGCCCCUGAAACAACAACCAUCGCAAAACUACACCCUCGCCGAACGCACCCGCAAGUCAAUGUCGCUCAUCCCACCUCUCCCAUCUCACGAAAACCCCCGGCCUCGCCGCCGCGGUUCACGUCCUUCAUUUCCCGUCAAUCAAUUCGAGACACCUCGCAAGGUAUCCCAACCAGGGAGCAACCACUCCCGUGCAUCUACACCACAUGAUCAGCUUUUUGAAGAAGAUGCGGACUACGCGAGUGUCUUUAAAUCACGGCCUCGUAUUGCUCAAAGUCCCAUCUCUUCGCCUGCUGUACAUGUGAGUCCGUCGUUUGGUGACGACGAGGAAUUCAAUCUGGAAGUCGAUGAGACGGAGCUGGAAGGUAUCGAUUCGCCUUCGGGUGCGUCUAGGGUGAGACGAUUUUGA